AUGGAUUAUCAGUCUGAGAAUCCUGCAUCAAGAACGAAUGGGCGGGGCUACGACCAACGCAGCGCCUCUGAUUUGUUACUUUCCGCAGAAGGUGCGCUGAGAAGGAGCAGUGAAGGGGGCAUUCUUGGGGGAAACGAUUACUUGUCACAAUCUCUACUACGACCAAAAGAAUCGAUUUUUGGAUCGAUAGCAAAAGACCUAUAUACCAGAAUGCCUCCACCACAGGUCACAGAAGCGGAUGAUCUUCUUCUCAACACCGAAAGCAUCAUCACUCGGCUUUACGAGCAAGGCAUUGGUGCCUCGGAAGAAGAAGAUAGAGUUCAAGAGGUUUUGAUGACGAUCCCCGGCGAGCUCGUCAACCUUUGGGAGGACUAUGACAGAAAUACUAGAGUGUACGAUUCAGAAGAAUACACAACCGCGAUCGGGCCAGGACCUAAGGCGACGAAUUUCCAGAAGUCAAACUAUAUAGCUGGCCUUGCACUUCAGAUUCAUCAUCCUCAGAGGGAGGCCAAUUCCUUUGGGACUAGCAGAGUCAAACCUUUACCACAGGUCAUGCUUGAAUGGCUUGAUGAUCAUCACAAUGUAUUCCCAUCUUACCUCGAAGAGGUACAACAUCACCGACCAAGUCCUUCCAAUAGCCGACUUUUCUGGAGCACUCUCUUCAACAGUCUUAUACGUGGGAAGAUCGUUGCGGUUGUCAAUCUCCUCACAGAUGCCGGAUGGAGACAUGCAAGAAACGAUUCCGAUGUCGCCGUUGGCCAGUAUAAUGAGACUGGAUUUAGUGGUGCAGCUCUGCAAAAUGUUGAGAAUGUUGCAGCGGCUGCCGUCAAGGUUUUCCAGCUAUGCCCUGCCGCACAUGGGGACUGGAAUAUUCGGGGAAGUGAAUGGACCUUGUUCCGGCUUCGGAUUUCCCAGGCAAUGGAGGACCUGAAGCGCUAUGCAGAAGGUAAUAACAGGGACCGAUCUGAAUCAAAUGCUUAUGCCAGGUCCUCCUUUGCAGGCAAGUCCGGAACAUACAGCAGAACUGCUCAGAAGGCAGAAAGCAAGGUUCCAUGGCACAUAUACCAAAACUUGGUCACUCUUUACAGUAUUGCAAUGGGAGAUGCCAACGCGAUUGUUGAGGUCUGUGAAGAUUGGGUUGAAGCCGCUGCCGGAUUGCUAGUAUGGUGGGAUGAAGGAAAAGACGACAGACGACAAGCUUUGAACAGAUCCCGAAAUACCUAUCGUGCUUCACUGCGAGGUUCUGAAAUGGAACACUAUUUGCACAAAUUACGGAAAUCCUUCGAGACUGCUACCAACAAAACCACGGAUUUUGCGGUAAACACUGCUGACGAACUCGAAGUCAGCCUGGCAUCUCUCCUCGAAGGAGAUAAUGAAGCCGUCGUGGGGUUUUUGCGGGGUUGGUCUGGCCCUGUGUCAUCUGCUGUCGCAGAGGUGGCUUCUCUUGCUGGAUGGCUGCCACAACCAGAGCCGCAAAGCCUCAUCAACAUGGGCAGUUUAGACCAGGAGGAUUUGGAUUUGCUGGGGGUUAACUCAUCGCCUUCAAAGACCGAUGGUGUUAAGGAUCUGACCCUUAUCACUUAUGCCAAAUCGUUAACGCAUCGAGGCCAAUUGAAGAGAUCUACUUCCUCCGGUCCAUCCCAAGAGGGUUGGGAAUUAGCUAUUGCCAUUCUCGGCAGACUCGACUCGACUACCCGUUCCGAAGAAAUAGUGGGACAUUUUCUGCAAGGGUUCCCGUUAGCCUCAACAACUGUUGUCGACAAGCUCUGGAGAUUACUAAAUGAGACUGGGAUGGGUCAUCAUGCCGAGAGUGUUGCUGAGUCGUACGCUACUCGCCUCGCCGACGAAUCUCACAAAUAUGGUGAGGCUUUAUGGUAUUAUGCACUAGCACACAAGAUCCAAAAGGUCAAGGAUGUUUUGGAUCUUCUCAUCUCGUUCUCUUUGAUACAAUCGACAGCCUUCCCACCGGAGCCAGAGUUGGACGAUCAUUUACGCCGACUUGUAGCAUCACCGAAAGAUGCGUUGACGGAAAUCUCCCGAAUGGAUUUUGAAGCUGCCGGGUUGCUCCAUAAGAUGCUGAGCGGUUACGCAACACUGCGUAAAUUUUACAGUCUUCGAGACGAAGCAGAGGUGCUUAAGGGAGGGAAGCCAAAGAACAGCGCCGUUUCCCGGAAAAUUGAAGCUGCUUCAGCUCUGAUGGCUGUCAUAUCCAGCUCGGACGACAACAUUCGAGGUGGAUUUUACGACGAAGAACGUGGAGCGGUUGUGAACGUUGACUUUUUGCUUGCAUUAUUGGGUGAAGCAAUGGUCUUCGUCAACCAGACCGACUAUACUAUCACCGUGGGUCAAAUCGACGUCUUGCUCAAAGCGAUCGAGGAUCUCCAAACAGUCGGGCCGAGAGUGUACUCUGCAUGUGCCGAGUUCCUACAGACGGUGAUUGCUUCUGGACAAGGUCUCAAGGGGUCAUCUCCUACCGAUAUGCUGAGGAAGACAACAUCGAACUCCAGUGGUUCAAGCAGCUUCUCUAUGAUUGGCAGUUCCAUGUUUGCGUCACAGCUGAAGCAUUCGAUGGGGAGCAGCGGCGUCAUCGUGAAGGGAAAUAUCAAGCGCGGUUGGGACUGGCGACAAGGAAUUUCUGCAUCCACAAAUGGAGAUGAUCUCUUGAGAAUCUUGAGACAUGGGCUGGCAAAAGAUCUUGCGAAGGCAUGGCUUAAUGAGGCUGAUAAUAAAAUAUAA